AUGGCGACUAUUGGGAUAGGGCCGCUUGCAACUGGUGCUCACGUCCUGUAUUCCUGCUCCUGCAAGGAAUUGGGAGAAUUGGAAAGAAUGUAUUUUUGUAGACAUUGCUUGAAGUUAAGAUGUAUCGAUUGUGUAUCUAACGAGGUUGAAUCGUUUUUUUGUCCAACUUGCUUAGAAAGUAUGCCAUCGGCUGAGGCUAGACAAAAAAGAAAUAGAUGCAGCAAUUGUUUGGAAUGUCCCUUAUGCACCAACACUUUAUCGGUCAUUGCUACAGCCACUGAUGAGCCAGCAACUUUGGAUAAUGAUAAAGAACCUGAAAUUGAGCAAAAGAAUGAUACUGACUCUAAGGAAAACCAUCCCGACAAAGAAGACUCUGAAGAUAAAUUAUAUUACUUGAGUUGCGGAUUUUGUCGUUGGACAUCAAGAGAUAUUGGCUUACCGGAUCAACAACAGAGUAGUGGGAAAUGGCCCGAAGUAGAAUUUCAAAAUGCCAAUAAGGUUAACGAGCUGAUAGAGUAUUAUCGCGGGGUUGAACAAUUAGAAAGGGCUGAAAAAGAUAUAAAGAUUCAUAAAAGACGGAGGAGUACGUACAUGUCAAUUGGAACGGGUAAAAUUUCUAGUUUUCAAAGGCGAAGCAUGCAUUCGCGAACUUCGAAUGCAUCUGCCAUUUCGCUCGGGUCUUUCCAAAUAGCCACUGGUCAAAAACCUAAGGAUGCUGGCGUCAGUCAGUCAACCGAAGAUCCGAAACGCACCUCAGAAGACAUUCUGGAAGUUGGAAGUGAACAAAUUACAGGCCUAAUGCAGAGACUCUGUUUUCCUAGUUGUCAGCCGAGCAAAGUAAAAGAUUUAAUGCCUAUUCGUAAGCAUUUGCUAGCGAAAAAGUCCCAACGUUGUAAGAUUUUAAUUGGUAUGUACUUUAUCAAUAGGCAAUAUACUCCACGCGUCAUUAUCACCCAGGUUCCAGACCUCUUGUUUAAUCAGGAGAAUAAAGUCACUUUAACAAUCAUCAAUCCUUUGGAUGCGAGCGUAAAGUUCAUCUUAUCGCCAUUGACCUUAAAUGAAGAUAAGCCAGUUCCGUUUCCUCAAACUGCUGAGAUAAUUCCACCGGAAAAAGAGUUAAUACUUUCAGCGAAAGAUGAUUCAGCAGAAUUUGACUAUAGCGAAACUGCAGCAUCUACUUUUAAUGACGAUCCUAGGAUUGUGCUGGCAAGAAGAGCUAACAGACUUAGUAUUUAUUGUCGAAUAAUACCGAAGAAAGCUUUCGGCCACGUUAAGUGCUCAGUGGUGCUAAAAUAUGACGGAAAAAGCAUAAAGAAAGGUGAUGCUGAGGCCUCGUGGAUUGAACAUCAUGUACAUUUAAAUUUAGGAAUAGUUUCUACAAAGCAUAAGCAGACUUGA